AUGAACUACGCCACAGAUUCCUCAUUGCCAUCUAUUAAUGCCUUCGAAUUCAAUACUCAGGACACCCCUCGCAUCAUCCAAGCCAUCGGCUACUCACGAUUCAAUGCGAAGUAUCUUCCUGGCGCGAUACACCGCCCAAUCAAAUAUCCCACUGUCGUGCUCCAUUCGCUGGAAUCGUUCGCCAAUUCCAGCAAUCGUCCCCGCCCCAGCGGUGUCUUCGGUCGUCAUCCCCUGCCCGUUCGGCGUAUUCUUCCGUGGUGCGACGUGCAAACACUCUUCAAUCUUCGACAGACGAGCUUUCGGCUACGAAAAAUCAUAAGUAGAUCCCUGAUAUACAAGAGCAUCAUCAGUGCCCUUCCUCUGUACCAUGCGAUACUCGGCACAAGAUAUGCGCAACGUGUGCUGCUCAUUGAGUUUUGGGAAAAACUCACCACAAUGUGGUGUGGCUACUGUGGCGAGUUCGCUAUGCUCAUCAGCAUCCCUGAAUGGUUGCGACUUUGCCAGAAUUGCGUCGAGAGAGGCGUACGAUAUGGUAAUGGCCUAGACCGCGGACUCGGAGCCUCCAGGUUUGUACGAUUGAGCACUUUCGCAGAGUGGUUACGUCCAGGUGAAGCUCUCCCUCACUGGGUUUGGAGCGAGAGCGUUGGCGUUGGCUUGAAAGGCUAG